GGGAGUGCAUCCAGCCCUCUAUCAGCGUGGCUGAGAUGGGUGAUGCGAGUAGCUGAGCGCACGCAGUGCGGGAUUGCGGCAUGCGGGAGAAUGGGAGAAUCCUGCUGGGCGUUCCUAUUUGUAUUCUACUACGUCUGGGCUGGCUUUCUACCUCUAUGACUCCAGUCAGACCGCUCGUCGAACAGGCGCAGGGCGCAUUCGUGACCCUGUGGACCAUGUAUAUGCUAUCCGUCGCAGCCUACUUCCCUGGCGUCUACCCGAAAGAGGUGGCCAUCCGCGUGCACCAUGUGCGGAUGGGUCAGAGGGAUCUCAAAGCAGAGAUAUUCGUGCGCUGUCAACUUCUUGGCAUUGAAUCUGCGCUCCUGACUUGGAUGCGUGCAGAUCUUGGUCACUUUUGCGGUGGACAGUGCUGCGCUGCUUUGUCCGUGUAUCCCGGAACCAUUCCACUCCUGUCGUUGAUCAGCUCCGUCGAUGCUAACUUUCUCUGUUUCGUGCAACUCUCGACGCUCGUCGCUGCGCUGGCUCAAAUGUGGGUGCUCCCCUUUGCGUCAUCUUGUGACCGCUAUGAACAAUCGGACUUUGGGCAGGUUUUACGCUCACUAUAUCGUCAAGGGCAAGUCUAG